CCCUUCCUCACUCCACUAUCCCAAGUGUCGCCGCUGAAGAGUGAAGGGAGGAUCGGGCAGAGAUUUACAGACGGACAGCCUGACCAAGUGAGAGAUGACCGUGAACGCGGGAUCCGGCCGUGCCUCUCCGGAUCUCGCCCCUCCUGGGAGACUCGACCCGCGUUUUUGAAACCGAAACAAACCCGGCCCCGCCCCCUGCCCUGCAGCCGCCGAGAAAAGAGCACCGCCCUCUGGAGGCGUCCUAGCCGACCACUCGAAGGUUCCCACAGAUAGAAUCGGCCUCCCCGGCCCACUUCUCUUCUGGCUUCCUCGCUGCCCACCCUCAUUCUCAGGGUGGAAGCCCCGCAACGAAAGGCCGGAACUGCCUUUCCGCUCGCAACUUGCCUCCUGCCCGCAGCUCUGCCGCCCCGCCCCCGGAAGUGACGCAGGCCGCGCGGACCUCCCUUUGUCCCGUCGGGCAUCGCGGCGGCGGCGGGAAGAUGGCGGCGGCGGGUUCGAUAGAUCGGAGCUUCGUGGAGCUAAGCGGAGCAGAGCGCGAAAGGCCGAGGCACUUUCGGGAAUUCACAGUCUGCAGCAUUGGGACUGCAAAUGCCGUGGCUGGCGCCGCAAAAUACAGUGAGAGCGCGGGAGGCUUUUACUAUGGAGAGAGUGGCAAGUUGUUCUCCAUCACCAGAAACAGGUUCAUUCAUUGGAAGACCUCUGGAGAUGCAUUGGAGCUGGUGGAGGAGUCACUGGACGUAAAUCUGUUGAAUAAUGCUGUUCGCCUAAAAUUCCAAAAUUGCAAUGUCUUACCUGGAGGGGUUUAUGUCUCUGAGACUCAGAAUCAUGUAAUAAUCCUGAUGUUAACCAAUCAAACAGUGCACAGGUUACUUUUACCACACCCUUCCCGGAUGUAUAGGAGUGAGUUGGUAGUUGAAAGUCAGAUGCAGUCAAUAUUCACUGACAUUGGAAAAGUUGAUUUCACAGAUCCUUGCAACUAUCAAUUAAUUCCAGCAGUACCUGGAAUAUCUCCUAAUUCUACCACCUCAACAGCCUGGCUUAGCAGUGAUGGGGAGGCCCUGUUUGCUUUACCAUGUGCUUCUGGGGGAAUCUUUGUUCUUAAGCUACCUCCUUAUGACAUACCUGGUAUGGUGUCAGUUGUGGAACUGAAGCAGAGUUCAGUAAUGCAACGAUUGCUUACAGGAUGGAUGCCAACAGCUAUCAGGGGUGACCAGUCGCCUUCAGAUCGUCCCCUCAGUCUCGCUGUUCAUUGUGUGGAGCAUGAUGCCUUCAUUUUUGCUCUGUGUCAGGAUCAUAAGCUACGAAUGUGGUCUUACAAGGAGCAAAUGUGCCUCAUGGUAGCUGACAUGCUGGAAUAUGUCCCUGUGAAGAAAGACCUUCGACUCACUUCUGGGACUGGACACAAAUUACGGCUUGCUUAUUCCCCUGCCAUGGGACUCUACCUAGGCAUAUACAUGCAUGCACCAAAACGAGGACAGUUCUGCAUUUUCCAGUUGGUGAGCACUGAGAGUAACCGCUAUAGUCUAGAUCACAUUUCUUCACUAUUCACUUCUCAGGAGACACUGAUUGACUUCGCCUUAACUUCCACGGAUAUCUGGGCCCUGUGGCAUGAUGCUGAGAACCAAACAGUUGUGAAAUACAUCAACUUUGAACAUAAUGUUGCAGGUCAGUGGAAUCCAGUUUUUAUGCAGCCUCUGCCAGAGGAAGAGAUUAUCAUCAGAGAUGAUCAAGACCCCAGAGAGGUAUAUCUGCAGAGUCUUUUUACACCAGGACAAUUCACAAAUGAAGCUUUAUGUAAGGCUUUACAGAUUUUCUGCCGAGGAACUGAGAGGAAUUUGGAUCUUUCCUGGAGUGAACUGAAAAAAGAAGUUACUUUAGCUGUUGAAAGUGAGCUUCAAGGAAGUGUAACAGAGUAUGAAGUCUCCCGGGAGGAGUUUCGAAAUUUACAACAAGAAUUCUGGUGCAAGUUCUUUGCCUGUUGUCUUCAGUAUCAAGAAGCCCUCUCUCAUCCUCUUGCCAUACAUUUGAAUCCACACACAAACAUGGUGUGCCUGCUGAAAAAAGGGUACCUGUCUUUCCUUAUUUCCUCCUCCUUAGUGGAUCAUUUGUAUCUCCUGCCUUAUGAAAACCUUUUGACAGAAGAUGAGACAACCAUAUCUGACGAUGUGGAUAUCGCUCGGGAUGUCUUAUGUCUUAUAAAAUGCCUGCGGCUGAUUGGCGAGUCAGUAACUAUGGAUAUGUCAGUUACAAUGGAAACGAGUUGUUAUAAAGUACAGUCUCCGGAAAAGGCUGCAGAGCAGAUUCUGGAAGAUAUGAUCACUAUUGAUGUAGAAAAUGUGAUGGAGGACAUUUGUAGUAAACUGCAAGAGAUUAGGAACCCAGUCCAUGCCAUUGGGCUACUUUUACGGGAAAUGGAUUAUGAAACAGAAGUGGAAAUGGAAAAGGGAUUCGAUCCAGCUCAGCCUUUGAAUAUUCGAAUGAAUCUUUCCCAGUUCUAUGGUAGUAGCACAGCAGGGUAUAUUGUGUGCAGAGCUGUGCAUAAAAUCGCCAGUACUCGUUUCCUAAUCUGCCGAGACCUUCUGGUCUUACAGCAGCUGUUAAUGAGGCUUGGAGAUGCAGUGAUUUGGGGAGCUGGUCAGCUUUUUCAAGCUCAGCAAGACCUACUGCAUAGAACAGCUCCUCUACUCUUAUCUUACUACCUCAUUAAGUGGGGAAGUGAGUGCUUGGCAACUGAUGUUCCAUUUGACACACUGGAGUCUAAUCUCCAACACUUAUCAGUACUGGAAUUGACAGACUCUGGUGCUUUAAUGGCAAAUAGGUUUGUAUCUAGUCCUCAGACUAUUGUGGAGUUAUUCUUCCAAGAAGUUGCAAGAAAACACAUUAUAUCUCACCUCUUCUCUCAGCCAAAGGCACCUCUGAGCCAAACUGGAUUGAAUUGGCCUGAAAUGAUUACUGCAGUUACCAGUUAUUUAUUGCAGCUUUUAUGGCCUAGCAAUCCUGGUUGUCUCUUUCUAGAAUGUUUGAUGGGAAACUGUCAAUAUGUACAACUGCAGGAUUAUAUUCAACUGCUACAACCCUGGUGUCAAGUCAAUGUUGGUUCCUGUCGAUUUAUGCUGGGAAGGUGUUACCUAGUUACAGGAGAAGGACAGAAGGCUCUGGAAUGUUUUUGUCAGGCAGCAUCUGAAGUAGGCAAAGAGGAAUUUUUGGAUCGCUUGAUUCGCUCAGAGGAUGGGGAGAUCGUGUCUACCCCCAGGCUGCAGUAUUAUGACAAGGUUUUACGACUACUAGAUGUCGUUGGUUUGCCUGAACUGGUUAUUCAGUUAGCUACAUCAGCCAUAACUGAAGCAGGUGAUGACUGGAAAAGUCAGGCUACUCUAAGGACAUGCAUUUUCAAACAUCAUUUGGAUUUGGGUCACAAUAGCCAAGCAUAUGAAGCCUUAACCCAGAUUUCUGAUUCCAGCAGGCAAUUAGAUUGUUUACGGCAGCUGGUGGUAGUUCUUUGUGAACGCUCACAGCUACAGGAUCUUGUAGAGUUUCCUUAUGUAAAUCUGCAUAAUGAGGUUGUGGGAAUAAUUGAAUCACGUGCUAGAGCCGUAGACCUUAUGACUCACAAUUACUAUGAACUUCUGUAUGCCUUUCACAUCUAUCGCCACAAUUACCGCAAGGCUGGCACAGUGAUGUUUGAGUAUGGAAUGCGUCUUGGCAGAGAAGUUCGAACUCUCCGGGGACUUGAAAAACAAGGCAACUGUUAUCUGGCUGCUCUCAACUGUUUACGGCUUAUUCGUCCAGAAUAUGCGUGGAUUGUGCAGCCAGCAUCUGGUGCAGUGUAUGAUCGCCCUGGAGCAUCACCUAAGAGGAAUCAUGAUGGAGAAUGCACAGCUGCCCCCACAAAUCGACACAUUGAAAUUCUGGAACUGGAAGAUCUGGAGAAAGAGUGUUCCUUGGCUCGCAUCCGCCUCACUUUAGCUCAGCAUGAUCCAUCAGCAGUUGCAGUUGCCGGAAGUGCAUCAGCAGAGGAGAUGGUCACUCUCUUGGUUCAGGCAGGCCUCUUCGACACUGCCAUAUCACUUUGUCAGACUUUUAAGCUUCCCUUAACACCAGUCUUUGAAGGGCUUGCCUUCAAAUGCAUCAAGUUGCAAUUUGGAGGAGAGGCAGCACAAGCAGAAGCCUGGGCCUGGCUAGCAGCCAAUCAGCUCUCAUCUGUCAUCACCACUAAGGAGUCUAGUGCUACAGAUGAAGCAUGGCGACUAUUAUCAACUUACCUAGAAAGGUACAAAGUCCAGAAUAACUUGUAUCACCACUGUGUAAUCAACAAGCUCUUAUCUCAUGGAGUGCCUCUGCCUAAUUGGCUUAUAAACAGCUACAAGAAAGUUGAUGCUGCUGAAUUGCUUCGUUUGUACUUGAACUAUGACCUUUUAGAAGAAGCUGUGGAUUUGGUGUCAGAAUAUGUGGAUGCUGUAUUGGGAAAAGGACAUCAAUACUUUGGAAUUGAGUUUCCACUGUCCGCAACAGCCCCAUUGGUGUGGCUUCCAUACUCCUCUAUUGAUCAGCUUCUCCACGCUCUGGGAGAGAACAGUGCCAACAGUCACAACAUCGCACUGUCCCAGAAAAUACUUGACAAAUUGGAAGACUACCAGCAAAAAGUUGAUAAGGCGACACGAGAUUUAUUAUAUCGUCGGACCUUGUGAUCCGAAAUGUUACCUAGCCUUUGUAACCGCUUGGUGCCUCUUAGGGCUUAAGACUACCCUACAGGAACCCUGUACUCAACGCCGAUUUUUAUAACUGUAAAUCAUGUGUACAGCAUUCAAGUCUGCAUUCUGCACAAGAUAGGGCGGAAGAGUCAGAGGACCCUGUACUUGCUGGUGGUGCUAACACAAUUUCUGGUGUUCAACCUUGGUCUCAAAUAGCUGCUUUUGUAUAUGAUUCACAAGCUUUUUUAGAGUUUAUAUUUUUUUAAACUACCGAAGACAUUCUUUAUCUGCAAAUUAAGACCCACCUUCACUUUCCAAAAUAGCUGAGGGUUGUUGGCUUGUUGUAGCUGACCACCAAAAACAGUCCCGGCAAAUCUUUUAAUUCUUCCUAUCACCUUUUGUAUUUUAAUGCAAUUAUUUUGGUCCAGAACUGACAUGUAUUUUCUGUAUUGCACACAGAGACUAAUGAUUUUGCAUACUCUUCAUUAUUUAUUUUGGAGGUUUUGUAUGAUCUUCAAUAAAGUAUUAAAUAAUUUGCCUAGAUUAAGCCUAAAAUGAUGACCAGCCAUUUAAAGAAGAUAUUUUGAAUCUGGUUCUGAGCUAAAGUUGAGUAAUUUUUUAGCUAAGAAAAAAUUGGAUAUCCAUCAUCUAUAUUAGCAACAGAUUCUCAAAGUAAAUUGUUAACGUCUAUGAUUUAUGAUAAUCAAGCUGGACUUGAUCAUACAAGUUAGUCUAAUAAUGUAUUUGGACCAAAAUAUAAACGUUAUUCAUCAGAUUCAGAAGCAUUCAUGCUCACAAGUUUUGGGAAAGUGAAAAAUAAUAAAAUCAUCUUGGAUUUUAUUCUAUAUAUUAAAAUUUAUCUUUUAAGGAAACAAUCUGUAUACUACUUGCUUGUAUAGCCUUUUGACCCUUCUUAAGUUUUUCAUAAGCCUUUAAUUUUUAUACUUUCAAUACCAUAUUUACAUUAUAUACUUUAAUUAACAA